AAAAUGUGGCGUUUUUUACCAAUAUUUGAUCCAUUUGUUGAUUUUUAUCUUUCACGUGACCUCGAUUCACCUAUGAUGAAGCGUGAAACCGAAACAAUUGAUAUGUGGCUAUCUGAUAAACAGAAAAAGUAUUUCUUCCAUAUUGCGCGUGAUAAUAAGCAUCAUACUGUACCUAUAUUAGGUGGAUUAUGGGGUGCCUCUCCUGCACGUGCUCGUCGUUACUUAUUUCAUAUUUUUCAACCGAUGCUCGUACCAUCAAUUGCUCGACAAUAUAAAGGUGCGGGUGAUCAACUAUUUCUUGCAGACAAUAUAUGGGGAAAAGUUAGAAGACAUUCAUUAAUAUUUGAUAGUUAUAGUUGCAAAAUAUUAGGUGGUCAGCCAUUUCUUUCUCAACGACCAAUAGGUGAUAAUUGUUUUCUUGGAUGUAUAAGGCCAUGUUGUACCAAUGCAACUUCUCAUAGUUCUCAGAAUCGAAACAAUAUUUGUCCACCAGCUUGCCGACCAAAAAAUCAUCGAAAUUGGAUUUAUUGUUAA